AUGUCUCCCAACGAUGUUCCUUCAUCCGAAAGAAGGGCUUCUGUCAGUGAUGAGAACCGUCUGGCACAGUUUGGUUAUAAGCAAGAGUUGAAGCGUGAUUGGGGUCUGUCUCACAACUUCGGUGUCUCCUUCUCCAUCAUUAGCGUCAUCACAGGCCUGACGACUCUGUUCACUUAUGGCCUCAACACCGGCGGACCAGCUGUCAUGUCAAUCAGCUGGAUUGUGGUGUCCUUUUUCACCAUGAUGGUUGCGAUCGCCAUGGCUGAGAUCGUUUCCGCGAUUCCAACCUCAGGUGGCCCUUAUUUCUGGGCAGCGAUGCUUGCGCCUCCGCAGCACUCUCCAUUCGCUGCGUGGAUGACAGGCUGGUUUAACCUCUUAGGCCAGGUAGCUGUGACAACUGGUAUCUCAUUUGGACUGGCCAAUUUGAUUCCCACGGCUGUAGCUGUUAAAAACCCCGACUACGAAUCUACACCAGCCAAGACGGUUGGCAUCUAUGCUGCCGUACUGGUGUCGCAUGCCCUUGUCAACUCAUUCGGAGUUCAUGCCUUGCGGUUCUUGAAUAACGCAAGUAUCAUUCUUCACUCGGCCGGUAUUACUGCACUUUGCAUCGCUGUUCUUGCCAAGGCUCCUUCCCAUCAGCCUGGGUCAUUCGUCUUCGGCUACUUUUACGAUGGUACCGGUUUAGACGCACCUGGAUGGAGCGACCGCGCGAGCGUCGGCUAUGUUGUUGUAUGUGGCGCCUUGCUUUCACAGUACACGCUCACGGGAUUUGAUGCCUCGGCCCAUCUCUCUGAGGAGACCAAGAAUGCAUCAUGGUCAGCACCCAUAGGAGUUGUGUCCUCGGUUGGAUUCAGUGCUCUAUUUGGAUUCUUUGUCCUCAUGGCGCUCCUGUUUUCGAUUCAGAACUUUGACGAUGUUAUCAACACUGAGGUCAACUACGGCUCGCCAGUCUUGAAGAUAUUUGUCGACGUAUUCGGUGAGGACGGCGCCCUCGCCUUGUUUACCCUGAUCAUGGUAUGUGUGUGGCAUUGCGGCCUUUUCAGCAUGACUUCGAAUAGCCGAAUGAUGUUUGCUUUUGCCCGUGAUCGGGGAAUACCACACUUCUUCCAUCAAGUGGACACUCGGUUUCGUAGCCCGAUUCGUACUGUGUGGCUUGCAGCGACUCUCAGUUUUAUCCUCGCACUGCCUAGUCUCGGCUCGAGCGUUGCGUUCUCGGCUGCUACCAGUAUCGCGACCAUCGGGCUCUAUAUCUCCUACGGACUGCCUAUACUGAUAGGAUUGAUCUGGCAAAAGCCUUUCGAGGCAAUGAAGGGUCCGUUCAAUCUCAAAGGUCUCAGCCGUCCGAUCGCUGGGAUAGCAUGUGCGUGGAUCAUGGCCAUCACAGUUGUGUUCUGUCUUCCAACAAGUAAUCCGGUGACCGAUCAGACCUUGAACUAUACCGUAGUGGCUGUGGGCAUUAUCGCAGUGGGCGCUACACUUGCAUGGGUAAUCAGUGCCAGGAAAUGGUUCACAGGUCCUGCAGCAGAAGUGGCCGAGGCCAUGAGGUUAGGCGUUGAUUUGAUGGAACCUGGUGCGCUGGAGGAGAAAGAGAAACACGUGGGAGCCAAGGAGAUUGGCGCUGGGCCUGCCAGUGAGUGA